AUACCUGGCGUGACGACAGGCUGCAAUGAAAUGAUGAAAUAAUUGCUCCAACCAUAAUUACACUUUCACACUCACACACAUACAUACACAAACACGUACACAUGCGUACAGAUGGACACGCACACUAGAUGUACGGAUUGAACAACGCUUUACGCGGGUUCGCCAACUUGACCGCGUGUGCAGUGGCGACGACGGUGGUGGUGGUGGCGGUCCGCUGCUGCAGCCCGAUGGCAAGCAAAGCUGACUGUGGACUGGCCCGCUCGAUUGGCGCAUACUGUUAGAAACCCUCCUCUCCCUUCCUUUUCCCUCGUUAAUCCUCCCCGAUAAGCCCCGGCCGAGCGGUGUUUUGAUGAGAAAAGCAGGCAAAAGUUAUCUGUGUGACGUUGCAAAACAAAAAUCACGCUGCCCAAGCAAUUGAUCGCCAUAUUUCAGCCCCCGCCGCUGCUUGCACGGAAACGGGCUCGUGAGCACAUGUGUGUAUGUGUGUAUGCGCGCGAGUGAGCGAGAGAAAGCGAGAACGACGACUGUGCAUUUAACGGUAACCCGUCGCGCGUCCUGUUGGUGUGAGUGCGGUCGAUAAACAGUGGGCUGGAAGUGCGUGUGUGUGCGUGUGCGUAUCGCGGUCAACACUCACACACGGUGUCCAAACGGCUUCGCAAAGAACGCAUCAUCUGCUGGGAAAAGUGAAACGUGCAAAAGGUUGGUGGUGGUACGGGUACGUCGUCCUCCUCGUCGUCGUCUAGCGGCAGUAGUAGGCGGUCUGUAUUAUUGUUCUGAAACGUCAUCGUCAUCGCUGCACAAAAAAGCAAAAACAAAAGCAAAAAACAGCGUGUGCAUUGGUGUUCUGAUGGAUAAACACAGCCCCAGAACCAUCAACACGAUUGUCGUCGCACGCGAUUUGGUGGUGUUGAUAAAGUAGUGCAAAGAAAGCUCACACUUCCGGUGCCCGGUGCUAUUCCCCCGGUCCCCCCUCCCUCACACACACACAUACAAUCAACUGGGAAAUAAGGAGUAAUAAGCCGGAAAUGAAGCCAGCCUUCUAAACGCGCAGAACGUGAAAACACUCGUGUCACGCCUCGUGCGAACACUUUUGCGUCGUUGGUGACGCGGUUCUUCCGCCUGUAACCGCGCGGCGGGUGUGCGUGUACAAUCGAACGCUUCCGGUUAAAAGUGAGCAAAAAACAGAGCGAGAGCAAGAGAGAGAGAGAGAGAGAGUGCGAGAGAAGGAGGUGACCGAUCCGCUGCAGCACCUUGCUUGCCCCACCAAACACACCUUCGAUGGCUUCUGGCAGUGGUAGCGCAAGCGGAACGACGAGCAAGAACGAUGACUCCAAAUGGUACUUCACGGCCGAGCAGCUCGCCAACUCGCCGAGCCGCAAGGCCGGCAUGGACGCGGACCAGGAGCUUAUGUACAGACAGCGAGCCGCCAACCUGAUACAGGACAUGGGCCAGCGGUUGCAAGUAUCACAGCUCUGCAUCAAUACGGCCAUCGUGUACAUGCAUCGGUUCUAUGCGUUUCACUCGUUCACGCAGUUCCAUCGCAACAGCAUAGCGGCGGCCGCCCUGUUCCUAGCAGCAAAGGUCGAAGAGCAACCACGCAAGCUCGAGCACAUCAUCAAGGUGGUGCACAUUAGUCUCGGGAUGGAGGCGCCGGAUCCGCUGCGGGAAAGCUACGCCGAACAGGCGCAGGACCUGGUGUUCAACGAGAACGUGCUGCUGCAGACGCUCGGCUUCGAUGUGGCGAUCGAUCAUCCCCAUACGCACGUGGUCAAAACAUGCCACCUGGUGAAAGCUUCCAAAGAUUUGGCACAGACGUCCUACUUCAUGGCAUCCAACAGCUUACACCUUACAACCAUGUGCCUGCAGUACAAACCGACGGUUGUGGCCUGCUUCUGCAUACACCUUGCCUGCAAGUGGUCCCGCUGGGAGAUCCCCCAGUCGAACGAGGGCCGGCACUGGUUUCACUACGUGGACAAGACGGUAACGCUCGAUCUGCUGAAGCAGCUGACGGAUGAGUUUCUUCACAUCUUCGACCGCUGCCCGACGCGGCUGAAAAGCAAGAUGAAGUCGAUACGGGCCGACUCGGGUGCGGAGGAAUCGGGCAGACGAACAGGUGGUAGCAGUAGCAGCAGCAACAGCCUAAUGGCGGCACCAUCCUCAUCGUCCGUACCGCGCGGCCUGGAUGAAGCCAGCACCGGCUCAUCGUCCGCCUCUAGUCAUCAUCGUCCCAAACAGGGUUCCAGCUCCGAUAUGAUGAAACCGCACGGUAUGUCGUCUUCCGGAAGCCAUCAAAAGAUUCCUUCCUCCUCGUCGAGUUCCGCCAGUUCCCGGUCGCGCUCCGACCGGCCUCCCUCCGCCUCCGGCACGCUGGCGGGGCAGCCGCAGCAGCAACCGCCACCACCGUCCCAGCAUUACGGAAGUGGCAGCAGUAGCAACAGCAGCAGCACGAGCAGCAAGGGCCCGAUGUCGUCGCAUCGGGGCAGCAUGCAGCAGCCGUCCUCGCUGCAGCUCAACCCGUCCGGUGCGGUCCCAUCGCAGCGUUCCGGCUCGGGGUAUCAGGGACACGAGGGCGGCAGCAAAUCGCGCCAACCAUCGUCCGCUUCCGGGCUGCUGCAGCAGGCCAGCGGAGGUGCGCCCGCCGGAAGCGCUGGCGGAAGCACGGCUUCCUCCGGCUCUUCGUCGUCCAUGCAUUCCGGCUACAAUCAGAUGAAGGCCGACCGGCACGGCAGCAGCGGCCAGAAGCUGGCGUCCAAGCCACCGUCCUCUUCGUCGUCCUCGUCCUCAUCGGGUGCUGCCGUGGGCGGACCCAACUACGGCACGAAGCAACAUCCGGCUCCAUCGUCCCAGCCGUCGUCGUCUCUCUUUUCCCAUCCGCCCAGCUACAACCAGUCGAUCAGUGGCCGAACGACGAACGUCCCGCUCGCCGAUCAGCAAUCAGCGACGAGCGGCAGCAGCAGCAACAGUGGCGGCAGUAAUCAGCCAAAACCGGAGCCCAGCACGUUCCGGUUGCUCGACGAGUCGAUCGGCCGGCUGGCGGACCCGAUGCAGAUGUGCACGCCACCGAAGCAGAGCAAACCGUCGUCCAUCUUCAGCCCGGACUGGAAGGACUCGCAAACCGAAUCGCUGCAGAACCUGCCGUCGGGCAAAUCGCGCUCGAGCGGCCACUAUGGCAAUGUGGCGGCGGCCGGUGGUGCGCCAGCCGACCGAUUGCUGAAACCGCCCAAGGGAAGCCCGAGCGGGAAGAAGCAGCAACAGCAGCAGCAGCAGCACCACGGCAUGGCUGGUUCGCGCUCCGAUGGGCAGAAGAAGGAUCGGCGCAUGGACGGUUCGGUUGGGGGCCUGGCCGGGCAACAGCCACCCGCUUCCAGCAAGCAUCAGCCGAUGGGCCACGACAAGAAAUCGCUCGGCCCGCCCAGUUCCUCCCUGCCGAUGGUGGGCGGCACCACCAACCUGAGCAGCACCGGUAGCAAUAAUGGUAGCAGUAGCAACAACAGCCACACUAGCCACAAUUUGAAGCGGGCGCUGGACGGUACGGCCAUGCCCCCGCACCAGGACUCGUCGGGACCGCUGGGCAGCCUGACGGGCAAUGGUGGCAACACUCAUUCCAGUGGCAACGCCGGCGGCGGCGGCUUGCUGUCGUCGCAGGCAAAGCGACCGCACCCGAGCAACGAACAGAUCCGGCAGGACGACGGGACCGACUUUCGAGAGCAGAAGGUGCGCCGAACGGCGGAACCGUCCGGCUCGUCCUUCCUCCCGUCGUCCGGCUCGCCCUCCGACCAGCUGUUCAACUCGUCCUUCGAUCUGGCCAGCACGUUCGACAAGAUGGACGAUUCGUCGUCGCUGUUCAACUUCAACGAUCCCGGCUCGCUGCUGUCCCAGCCGCUGCUGAGCGACUCGAAACCGUCGACGCUGGCCAAGAGCGGCGGCAUCUUCAGCAACACGAUCAACGGCAUCGAGACGAACGCGGCGCUGGUGAGCAGCCUGCUCAAGGAGAGCCUGUUCAACGAGACGCCCAAGUUUGGCUCCCUGUACGGCGGUACGAGCGAUCCACCGCCCAGCAGCGGCUCGCGCGCCGAUGUGACCGACUCGAAGCCGCUCGAUACGACCGGUGGCUCCUCAGCACAGCCGGCGAAUGAAACGAAACCACAGCUUGCUUCGAUGGAAAGUCUGCUCGGGCUUCCACCGACUUCGGCCGCCUCUGGGCAGCAACAAUUGCCAACGGCCGCCGGCGGUGGGGGCCCCAACGAUGCCACCCAGCCCGGUGCAGUUCCACCUUCCUACCCGUGGGUGACGACCGGCAACGCUGCCCAGAUGGGUGACGCUCCUGCAGCCGCUACCGCCACCGCACCCCCGACGGCAGCACUGGCACCCGCCUCCGCCGAUGUCGCAGCACAACAACAGCAGCAGCAGCAACCGGCAGCGACUGCCUCGACCGCUUCCGACCCGGACACCGACACCGGCGGCCAUCGGUCCAAAUCGGAGAAGAAAAAGAAGAAGGAAAAGCACAAGCACAAGGAAAAGGACAAGACGAAGGACCGCGACCGGGAGGAGAAGAAAAAGCACAAAAAAGACAAGGACAAGCACCGGGAUCGGGAGCGCGACCGGGAGAAGGGCGACCAUCAUGCCGGGGCGACGGGUGCCGGUCCGGAUGGAGCCGGCGCCGGCCAUCAGGGCGUCGGUCACUCGGCGCCGCAGGAUCCGCCCGGCCCGAUCAAGAUCAAGCUGAACCGGGCGAUCCUACCGCCUUCGGUGGAUGGUGUCGGGUUGCACGGGACGGGGACUGCCCCGUCCGGUGGGCCAGCGAACGAUGGGCUGAAGAUAAAAAUUCCCAAGGACAGACUGUCCGGUUCGUCCUCGCUGCCCGGCGGCGGCGGCGGCGGUUCGGCCCACGGUGGUCCGUCCGGCGGUGGCGCCGGCGUCGGGGGAGGAUCGGCUUCCUUGAAGUUAAAAAUUUCCAAGGAUAAGAUAGAACAUUACAACAUCAGCGCUACGAGCGAUGGUGGUGGUGGCACGGGUGGUGGUGGCACGGGUGGUGGUGGCACGGGUGGAAUUGGCAGCGGUGGAGCGGUGGGGGCGGCCGGCCUACCGAUGGGCGGUCCGAGUGCAAUGGGCGGCGCCGGUGGCCCCGGUGGCAGUGGUAGCAAAAAGAAGGACAAGGAUCGUGAUAAGGAUCGCGAGAAGAGUAAAUCCAAGUCCUCCAGCUCAUCGUCGUCGGCGGAGCAUGGCAGCCGGCAGAAUGGGGGCGGCGGCGGCGGCUCGGCGGCUUCCGGCAACAGCAGUAGCAAAUCUUCCAGCAAGAAUCUUUCAACGUUACAGCAACCCCAACAGCAGCAGCAGCAGCAGCAGUACGGUAUGUACAAUGCGAACCAAUCGAUGCAGGCGACCAACGCAGCAAUGACAUCGAUGGCCGGGAUGGUGCCAGGCGGCGGUAUGCACGGUGGCAGUUACCAUCAACAGCCCGGCUUCGACUAUCUACAGCAGCAACAAUCGGUCGCAGCACUCCAGCAGCAGCAGCAACAGCAACAGCAGCAGCAGUACUAUUCCCAAUACGGUCAGUUCGGCCAACAGCAGCAGCAGCAACAGUUUCAGCAACAAAUGGCCGCAUCCGGUCCUGGUUCGAUGCUGCUGAACGCAUCGUCCGGGCCGGCAGGAAUGCUCGGUAAGCUUCCGGGGCAACCAGGCGGCGGCGGCGGCGGUGGUACUACGGGCGGUCUGCAACCGUCCGCACUGCCACCGUACUACUACGGUGGAGGUUCCGGUACGGGUACGGCCACCAACCAGGGUGCUGGUAAAAAAUAAGACUCUACAAUGCUUCAUCACUCGACGGAAGCAGCAGGCAAUGAUGCAUUUGUGUAUGCCACCGUGGCACACUGGAUUCAGUCAACUCCCGCCUUCCACUGGGUCACCUGAGGGGGCGGUGGAGGAACGCUUGUCAGUGGGGGAGAAGCCUUGUACGCUCGAUGGUGGAGAGCGUUGUUUGUUUCUUUUAUUAAGGCUUCAGUUUGAUUAGAAUUUAUCUUUGUAUAUAGUUUUGGAACGAUUUAGCAUUCUUAAAUACUUCUUUUGGACUGUAAUAUUUUUGAACAUCAUCGUUGUGUUUAAGUAGACUAUUUGCUACCCCUAUUUUACCGCGUGGUCGUGUGUGGACAGUGGACAUACACACACACGUACAGAGAGAGAGAGAGAGAGAGAGAGAGAGAGAAAAGAGAGAGAGACAAAGAGCGGAAGUGCACCACCACCUUCACGCCUGCACAGCCACCUGCCCAGGGCAAACGGUUGGGUCAGUUCGGUCCGGUUCGGUGUGCGCUGAAUCAUCCGCAGAGAAUCUUAUUCUAUCGUGAAAAGCAGCAUAGUGUUAUUAAGGGUCGGUUUUACUCAGCCGAUGUUACGGACAUUUCAAUCACGUACCAUUUAUGGUAGUUUUUUGAAACAAAACACAGAGAGCGAGAGAGAGAGAGAGAUAGAAAGGGGACGCUGUUAUAGAUGUGUUAACCCCCCUAGACCGCAGCUAGACGAUUUUUAUUUUUAUAUACCUUAAUUUAACGGCGAAUCCCGAUUAAUGUUAUCUUCCACAAGCCGAACCAAGACUCACGCAUCCCCCCCGUCGAGAUUCGCAUCAUCAUGCGCGAUAGACAGUUCCACGUGGAAUGAUGGGUGUUCCCACUAGCGAAAAAGAAAAACUAAGUGUACAGAUCCAACAGUUGGCACAGUCCAAACUCUCGGCAAUCCUUACUUUGUGCUGCACUUUUUGGCAGUGAAUUUCGUAACACAUUCUGUUAAUUUGUACGGCACGAUGUGCGCUAGUGUACGAUUGAAAUGGAAUACACAAAAUCCGGCGGAAUUAUGCUGAAUGGAAAAGAAUACCUGUGUGUGUGUGUGUGUGUAUGUUUGCGUUAUCGGCAUGCAUAUGUGUGUGUGCUUUUACUUCCUGGACUGUUUGUUGGCUCCCCCUUUUUCGUCUGUGUGGAAGCAACACGGAAUCGAGAAUAGUGUGCUCUCUGUUUUCGGUCUCGUACUGGGAACACAGGCUCCUCAGUCCUGCAGCUUGUUGCGCUGGCAACGAUAGGGCCCAAAAUAAGCCGUUCAAACGUUCCGUUAAACAAAGGAUGAUAGCGAAUUAAGCGCUACCGACGUAUUAAUUUAAGCUAGUGAAAGAAACAAAAAAAAAAGAAACACAUGUAUUUGUACGGUUCACUAUGAACUACAGGAGUUUAACUACAAAUGUUGUGUUAAAAAGAGAUUCGAAGAAAGAAGAAGAAGAAGAUAAAAACAACGGAAACCUGAAUCGAAAAACCUAUACAAUGCUUACAGCAUUUUUACUUCCUUUCUUGUUCACAUCGAUCAACUUCCUAGAAGUGAAAAAAUUGGUUUGUUGCUAUUUGUGCUGCGCCUUCACGUGCUUUUUGGUUUCUUUCCUCUCUCUCUCACUCUCUCUCUCUCUCUCUCUCUCUCUCUCUCUCUCUCUCUCUCUCUCUCUCUCUGAUGGCUGUACGAUUAUUACACGAACCCGUGGCGAAAAUUAUGUUUGAGAUUAGGAAGUUUUGUUUUAUUUGUAUGUAAAAGCGUAUCAAAAAAGGAAAAGAAAAACACAAACAUUGUAUCGAAAUAAUGUUACGUAAAUUCAAUUUCCUGAUCACGAAAAAAACACUUGAACCUAAACAUAAAAAAACUUUGAAAACACUGGAAAAAACGGAUAUAAAAUUGAGCAAUCAUACAAAAAUGGAAAAGAAAAAUUACAAAAGAUGAAAAAGGUAUCAAAAAUAAUUAAAAUUAAACUCCCGCAGCAGGGAGAGAUGUUUAUAGAUAAAUUAAAAUCUUAGUCGAUCGUACAGCUACAGAAGAAAAAAGAGAGAAAAAAGAGGAUAAAGGCGAGUUGGAAGAUGCAUGGAAGAUGAAAAUUGGAAAAUAAUAGGCCCGCAACGUUUCAUUACGAGUCAGACUCGCGGUUGCGAAGUGGUUAAUGAAAUUAUUAUCAAUACAACCACAACAACAACAAAAAGCUAUUACAAAACAAUAUGUUUACCUAAACAAAAGGAAAAGAAAAAACUGUUUGAAUGUUACAGCUCUGUAUUAAACAAGAUACACAAAGAUUGAAAGGAGAACAGUCGUUCGAAACAAAAAGAAUUAUAUCAAUUAUACACAAUGUGUGAAUAGACGGUGGGCUGCAAAUAUGUUGCUGUGGGCUGUGUGGGGCACUCUUAAACCACCUGCCCCUGCCGGCUGAAGAUAGACUACACUGUCCCGUGUUUAUGGCCUGAACCCCCCCCCCCUCCCCUCCCAACCCUGUGUCUGGUAAUCUGUGGAAGGAUGUACCGAAAGUACUAAAUAAACGUUGAGAUUGUGGGGCGCGCACGCUACGGUUGCGCGUGCUAUACAAGCAAUGCCGAGCGCGAUGUUGUUCAUGGUGGUGUACUGGGUGUAGAUGCGCUGUUUUUGGUGGCUGCUGAUCGCUGUGCAAUCGGGUGCAAUCGCAACCAUUCACACUUACUAUCACGGUGUAUCAAGCUUACCAACUUCUCGUUCAGAAACAAUAUGCUGAAAGCUAUUCCACCACACCAGUACCGGUCUACUCUCACGCAAUAGCAAUUAAUAUCACGAUACAUGGGAAGGAGCCGUUUUGCUAGUUGCUUCUAACAUACAUGCAGCAAAGAAAGGAAUAGUAAAUAAAAAUCCAGAUAAAAGCGAAAAAAAGCGAAAGAAAUAGCAAGAGCAAGAGAGAGAUGAUGGUGGGACGGACAAUCCCCCCUACGUAUUAAAUACAACCAAAAGAUUGUUGCAAAAAAGAAGUGCAGUUACCGGGUCUAGCAAAAGGUAACGAGUUAAACGUAACUAAGCAAAUUACUACACACUUAAUGGAAAAGAAAGAAAGCAUUAACAUAAAAAAAGAAAAGCAUACUUUAAAAAGGGAUACCAUUUAUAGCAACAAAAUACCCACACAACACGUAACAAAGCAACAGAGAACAGUCGAAAAGCUGCUAUACACAACAAAAACACUCGAACUGAUAAGUCUGAACAUUAGCUGGAAAACAAACUUUAGUAGAACGUGGUUUGCGUGGUCGAGGCAGCAGUUUGCCACCCCUUCCGGCAGGGGUGUGCGAUCAUAGUUAGUCCAAGCGAGUGAGAGUGAGGAAAGCGAUGCAAAUGGAAGCCGUUGUCAAGGAGAGCGACGAGACAGGCCGGAAGCGUACUGGAGGAAAUUGAAAUGCAAAUAGAAAUAUAUAACUAAUUUGUUAAUGAUAAAAAAAAACAACAACAGAUACACACACUUUAAUGAAUUCAAAUCAACUAAACCCCCGUACUUUACCAAUGUCUUUAAAAUAAAGAAAAGAAAAACCAAAAUGAAACUAUAAACGCAAGGAGAAAGAGUUUGGCUCAUUCCAUCUGGGACGUAUAACGUCUUCAACCCUGCAUACGUCAUACGUGGGAAACAGUGAAUCGGAUCGUGUUCGUAUUUCUGUUGUUCAAAUUACGUUGUGCUUAGAAGAACCAAUGCACGUUUAUUUAGCACACCUCAGACAAAGUGCAUCUGGACAUACAGCACAGAGCUAGGGGUGUAUCAAUUAUCCGGACUCUUGGGUGCUGCUAUUUUCGCUUCCGUAUGGAAUUAUAAAAAAAAAUGAAAAUAAACCGAAACAAACUCCAGCAAAAAGAAAAGAAAACGAAAGUUAUACAGGAACUUCUUUUUUUUUCAUUAAGUCUUAAUGUUUACAAUUAAUUUCUUUAAUUUUAUUUUAGCACCUUCUUAGUUUAGCUUGCUUCGUAAGUGCGCUUGAGUUAUGCGUUUAAGUUUAAGUUAAACGAAACAAUAAAAAUGUAAAUUAAUUCUGGA